UGUCUGCAAACGCUUGAGAAUGUUGAAUUUGUAGCCUUCUCGCUUGACUCAAUGCGGCUCGCGUCAGUAUCGGGUGGCCAGAAAGCUAAGAUCUGGGAUGUUGGAAGCGGCGAGGGUCUGUACACAUUUCGUACCCUCAGCCCUUCCAUGACUUUCUCGCACGACUUGACCCGGCUGGCAGACGUGUUACAUGAUAAUACUGUAGGGAUCUGGGAUACCAGUAGCUUUGCGUAUCUACAUACACUUGAGAACCAUGGGAAAAUCAGAUUGAUAGCCUUUUCAUACGACUCUGUGCAGUUAGCGUCGGCGUCAUACGACGGGACUGUUAAGAUUUGGGAUGCUAGCAGUAGCGCACUCCUGCAGACACAUGAGGAACACAAGGAUGACGUGAGCUCUUUGACGUUCCUGCAGGACUCGGUGCAACAGAUACUGGAUACUACGCAUUCUAGUGGAUUGAGUGACGGGACUAUCGAGAUUGAGGAUAUGAAAAGUGGCGCGCACCUCAAAAUACUUGAGGGCCAUCGUGGCUCUAUUGGACGACUAACUCUUUCACAUGACACAACACGGCUGGCGUCAGCGUCAAAAGACGAGACUGUCAAAAUUUGGGAUAUUAGUACCGGGACGUGUCUACAGACACUAAAACACCGUGAUUUUGAUAUUUCUGAGUUAGUCUUCUCUGAUGGCUUAACGCAGUUAAAGUCAGUGUCAGUCGAAGAGAUUACCAAUAUCUGGGACAUAAGCAGCGGUACGCGUCUGCAGAGCUUG